AUCUACAUCCUGGUGUGAUUUGGCAUCUCCUGAGGCGCUGACCGUGAGGUGCUACCCUUUACCUCAGCUGGGACCCGCUGCCUCAUGGGAAUACUUAUUGAGAAUGGUAGUCCUGCUGGCUCCCAGCUCCGCCCUGUGACUGGUGGGCUGAGGAGAGGGCUGUGGGCACUGAUGCUGGUUCUGUCUGUUACUAUCUAUGGCUCCCAUGCUCCCCUCCUGACUCUGUGUAAAGUGGAUGGGAAGAUCCCGUUCAGCGCCUCGUCUGUUGUGGUUCUUACCGAGCUGACCAAGCUGGUGCUCUGCUUCGUGUCCCUGCUGACCUGGGACCGGCGGCAGCUGGGAGUGUCUCUGUCCUGGCGCCACGCUGCCCCCUUUGCCCUGUCUGCGCUGCUCUAUGCUGCCAACAAUAACCUGGUGGUUCACAUGCAGCUCUUCAUGGAUCCCAGCACCUACCAGGUCCUGAGUAACCUGAAGAUUGGCAGCACUGCUCUCCUCUACAGCAUGUUCCUGCACCAAAGACUCUCUUUGCACAAGUGGCUGGCCCUCUUCCCGCCUAUGGCGGCCUCCAGGACGUGCAGCACGCCCCGCUCCUCAGACAUGCAGCUGCACGUCACCCUGCUUGGCUUGCUGCUCAUCUCCGUGUACUGCCUGAUUUCGGGCCUGUCUGCUGUCUACACCGAAGUCAUCCUGAAAACCCAAGGUCUGCCCCUGGCCCUCCAGAACCUCUUCCUUUCCUCCUUGCUCUUGAGCAGUGGCGGGGCUGGGUUCCUGGACGGCUUCUCUUUCUGGGUGCUGGUAAUCGUGCUCAGCCAGGCCCUGAAUGGCUUGAUAAUGUCUGUGGUCAUGAAGCACAGCAGCAACAUCACCAGGCUCUUCGUUAUCUCCUGCUCCAUGCUCGUCAAUGCCCUCCUUUCCGUCCUGCUCUUCAGCCUGCAGCUCACGGCCUUCUUCUUCCUCGCUGUCCUGCUGAUCGGCAUGGCCGUUCACUUGUACUACGGAGUCAGAUAGAUAGACUCCGCUUUGCAGCUCUGGGGGAGAUGCCUGGAAGGGAGGCCACAGCUGGGCUGUUGGGGGGCAAGUGCUUGUUGCUUUUUUUAAUCUCUUUUUUAUGUAACAUGCAUCAGUCUGGCCUGGAUGCUCCUAAACGGCAGAUUCCCUUCGGAGCCCACCCCCUGAGGUCAGGGACAAGCAGUACGCUGUAGCUGAACGCGACUGGCUAUCCCAAGCCGCUAGCUUGUGCGCUGCAAGGAGUUGCACGAUUGCUGUGUGGCACGAAGGAGAUUGGUCGCUGCGGGACAGGACGUGUUUGUGGCACGGGCUCUCUGUCCUGCGUGGUGCUGGUCUCUGCAGCAUCAGGCCCAAUGUUUCCCUUUUGGGGGAGGGGUGAAAGGGCUUCCUUGUGAAGGCUAAGCCAGUGGCAAUAACAGCUGUUUAACGAGGUCCUCUGGGCCCACCCCCCAUUUCCCCUGGUUGCCUGAGCUCUGGGCCUUGGGUCCUCUCUUGGAGGGCUCCGAGCGACUUGCUACAGCUGAGCAGCACCGUUCCCAGCUCAGGGACCCCGUGUGUGAUGCAGGCUGCUUCCUUCUCUCUCUGGCUGCUGAUCCGGCCUGCACAGAUCCAAAGUGCCUUGGGACGGGGCCUAGACCCGGUCUGCGCAGCCCUGUGCAGUGAGCUGCCUGGAGCCCUUGGUCUCAUGCAGAGCCGGGCGCGUCUCCUCUCUGCUGCUCUCACCUGUUACAAAGCACCAAAGCCCUCCUCUGGCAGCAGCCAUGCUCUGCAGCUGUUCCUCCUCUCCUGGCGCGCUGCCCAUCUCCCUCUGCGCAGGCCUCUGCUUGCCCCUGGGGCACAAGCAGCUGGAGCACGGCGACUGCUUAGCCUGGACAAGUGGUGGGUUGGUGUCUGGAUUUGUACCGACUCAGGUUUGACCAUGGUCAAUUCGUGUCUUCCCU